AUGAAUGAUCCAUGUUAUACAUGUCGGCGCCGUCGCAUCCACUGCGAUCAAAGCGGAACCCCUUGCGCGAAAUGUGAAAAGUCCGGGUUCGAGUGUUUCCAGCAACGCCCUCUGCGAUGGGUAAAAGGCGUGACCCUUCGUAGCAAGUUCCACGACUCGGUCCUGAGGCCGUCGGCGCAGUCGAAGCACAUGCCUGCUAAGCUCCUAGCGGAGGCAGGAGAUGUGCAGGUCGCGACAGAGGAGUUGGCAUCUAUCAAUCAAUAUGUCCCCGGGCUGCACCAGGAAUCGUCAACUACAGACGUACGGACUGUUGAUGAUACCGCAAAUAGCCUCGUUAUCGCGUCACCCCGGAGUUUGUCAGACCAGGCCAUUACACAUCUAGACAAAACUUCAAGAUACUACUUGGAUUACUAUAAUGAUCGGAUAUGCAAACUUUUCAUCGUCCAGGACAGUGACAGCAAUCCGAUGAGAAAUUUGAUACCUCUCGCGUUACAAGAUUCUGUGCUUAUGAAUGCAGUACUAACUUUAGCUGCUCGUCACCAUGCGAACACGGGUUAUUCGUUCCAUCAACAGGAUACCAGCAUCAUACUGCCUGUACCCGUCAAUGCAAACCGAGAUGCACUUUCUUACAAGUAUAAGGCUAUCCAAGGACUUACAUCCUCAGUUGAGCACGCAACUUCAAUAAAACACGACACAACUCUGGCUAGCAUAUUCCUAUUAAUAUUUCUGGAUCUUCUUGAAUCCGGGAGUGAUCGAUGGAACGUCCAUCUAGAAGGAGCAAAGAGCUUGAUUACUUGUAACAAAUCGCUGUUCGAGUUGCCUAGCAGCGUAGCUUAUGGCCCAGGACAAACCGUGCAAGAAAUAAGAGAUUUUAUCAGUAGUCAAAUUUACCUCAUCGGGAUUCUUGGCGGGACCUUUGUGCGUCCUAAAUUAUUGACACAAUUUUCUGGCUUGCAACAACCGGAGCUACAGCCCAAAGAUGUCGUCGAACGAUCGUUUCUCGGCUGCCCAGUUUACUUGUUGGAUGCGAUACAAAAUCUUUCGACACAACGAGACGCUAUCGCUGAUUCCAAAAACAUAAAUGACUGCGACGUCCGUCGACAAAUACAAAACAUUACCGGCGUUGUGGAGUCUAUCGAAAGUUUUGACUGUUACGAAUGGGCCACGGCGCUACCACGCCGACAAGUGCCGUCACAGCAAGAAAUAACAAAUCUUUGCUCACUAGCGUCUUCAUACAAGCUUGGGGCUUUGAUAUAUGGUCGUCGUGUCCUGGAUGCUCGUACCGGCAAAGAGUCUUCGCAGACUGAGCUAGUUUGCGAAUUAAUUAUGGCUAUUGGCUCGUUGCAAAAUGAUGAUACGCUGUUCAAGUGCAUUCUGUGGCCAAUUUUCGUUGCCGGACUUGAGUGCCAGUGGAAAACCCAGAGACAAUUUUUAGCGCAGUGUUUGGAGAGGUUUUGGCGUCUUACCCUGUGCUUCAACGUAAUCAACGGGGCUGAAAUUCUCAAUACAUACUGGCAAGAGAAAGAUCAACAAAGCCAAUCGUCGACACCAUCAUCAUCCCAGUGGAUAUUUAACAUGGGCCGUUUGGGACAAGACUGGCUUUUGAUAUAG